GGCAGGGGAGGAAGGAGGAGGCGGCGGCGUCGCCUCUGGCGGGGCUCGCGCUCGCCCUCGCGCUCGCCCUCCGCCUUGCCCGAGCCCCGCGAGGGUGAAACGCUUUCUCCCGGCAUGCAGCGGGAGGAGGGAUUUAACACCAAGAUGGCGGACGGCCCGGAUGAGUACGAUACCGAAGCGGGCUGCGUGCCCCUUCUCCAUCCAGAGGAAAUCAAACCCCAAAGCCAUUUUAACCAUGGAUAUGGUGAACCUCUUGGACGGAAAACUCACAUUGAUGAUUAUAGCACAUGGGACAUAGUCAAGGCUACACAAUACGGAAUAUAUGAACGUUGUCGAGAAUUGGUGGAAGCAGGCUAUGAUGUACGGCAACCAGACAAAGAAAAUGUUACACUCCUCCAUUGGGCUGCCAUCAAUAACAGAAUAGAUUUAGUCAAAUACUAUAUUUCGAAAGGUGCUAUUGUGGAUCAACUUGGAGGAGAUCUGAAUUCAACUCCAUUGCACUGGGCCACAAGACAAGGCCAUCUAUCCAUGGUUGUGCAACUAAUGAAAUAUGGUGCAGAUCCUUCAUUAAUUGAUGGAGAAGGAUGUAGCUGUAUUCAUCUGGCUGCUCAGUUUGGACAUACCUCAAUUGUUGCUUAUCUCAUAGCAAAAGGACAGGAUGUAGAUAUGAUGGAUCAGAAUGGAAUGACACCUUUAAUGUGGGCAGCUUAUAGAACACAUAGUGUGGAUCCAACUAGAUUGCUUUUAACAUUCAAUGUUUCAGUUAACCUUGGUGACAAGUAUCACAAAAACACUGCUCUGCACUGGGCAGUACUAGCAGGGAAUACCACAGUCAUUAGCCUUCUUCUGGAAGCUGGAGCUAAUGUUGAUGCCCAAAAUAUCAAGGGUGAAUCAGCUCUUGAUUUGGCAAAGCAGAGGAAAAAUGUGUGGAUGAUCAACCAUUUGCAAGAGGCAAGGCAAGCAAAAGGAUAUGACAAUCCAUCUUUCCUUAGAAAGUUAAAAGCUGAUAAGGAAUUUCGGCAGAAAGUCAUGCUAGGAACUCCUUUCCUAGUUAUUUGGCUGGUUGGGUUUAUAGCAGACCUAAAUAUUGAUUCUUGGCUCAUUAAAGGGCUAAUGUAUGGUGGCGUUUGGGCUACAGUACAGUUUCUUUCAAAAUCCUUUUUUGAUCAUUCAAUGCAUAGUGCAUUGCCCCUUGGGAUAUAUUUGGCAACCAAAUUCUGGAUGUAUGUAACGUGGUUUUUCUGGUUUUGGAAUGAUCUUAACUUUUUAUUUAUCCAUCUUCCAUUCCUCGCCAAUAGUGUUGCACUUUUCUACAAUUUUGGAAAAUCUUGGAAAUCAGAUCCAGGGAUUAUUAAAGCUACAGAAGAACAAAAGAAGAAGACAAUAGUUGAACUUGCAGAAACAGGGAGUCUGGACCUCAGUAUAUUCUGCAGUACCUGUUUGAUACGGAAACCAGUGAGGUCCAAACAUUGUGGUGUGUGUAACCGAUGUAUAGCAAAAUUUGAUCAUCAUUGCCCGUGGGUGGGUAACUGUGUAGGUGCAGGCAACCAUAGAUACUUUAUGGGCUACCUAUUCUUCUUGCUUUUUAUGAUCUGCUGGAUGAUUUAUGGUUGUAUUUCUUACUGGGGACUCCACUGUGAGACCACGUACACCAAGGAUGGAUUUUGGACCUAUAUCACUCAAAUUGCCACAUGUUCACCUUGGAUGUUUUGGAUGUUUCUGAACAGUGUUUUUCAUUUCAUGUGGGUGGCUGUAUUACUUAUGUGUCAGAUGUAUCAGAUAUCAUGUUUAGGUAUAACUACAAAUGAAAGAAUGAAUGCAAGAAGAUACAAGCACUUUAAAGUCACAACAACAUCUAUUGAAAGCCCAUUCAACCAUGGAUGUGUAAGGAAUAUUAUAGACUUCUUUGAAUUUCGAUGCUGUGGCCUCUUUCGUCCUGUUAUCGUGGACUGGACCAGACAGUAUACAAUAGAAUAUGAUCAAAUAUCAGGAUCUGGGUACCAGCUGGUGUAGCAACAUCUUUAUCCUGUGAAGCAUAUUGCUGAGUGGUGCCUGAAAAUUGUGUCUGUCCGUGUCUCUCUCACACACUCGAAUCCACAUCCUUUGAACAAUAGCAUGCUAUGUGUAGGGCUAACAGUGAACUUCACGCUCUUUCUUUUCAACAUUUUUAUUAACAAAAGUUAACAUGGACAGAACACACUGCCACUUCUUGGAAAGAAUAAAGAUUAUAAAAAGAAUUUUAAUGGUUCUUAAUGUGGGAAUUCACAACAUACUCAACUUUUUGAUUUUGUUUUCAUAACAUUUUUCACCAGAAAAUAGUGAACUUACUCUGCUGACAGAUGUGAUAUACUGAUCAGAAAUGUUCAAUUCUAACUAAAACUAAUUUGACUAAAUCUUAUGAUACAGUAUAUGAAAAAUAUUGCAUCUAAUUCCAGGAGAAUCGUCUUGAUUGAUUGAGUACUAUUGUGUACAUUUCAGAAUGUACAUGUAAAUACUGUGAUGAAAAUCAUGUGAUUUCAUUAGGGAUCUAAUGUUUCUAAAAAGGCUUGAGAAAAUAAUGUUCACAAAAAAAGUGCUAACAAUAUUUGUUUCUCUCAGCUGUUGCAAUGCUGAUAUAUUUCUAGUUCAGUGAAAUAAUUUGUAGUAACCUUGCUCUGAGGUUUCAUGGUCUGAUAAUAAAGCACUUGCAUGAGUAAAUAGUAAGUCAUAUUACUUUGAAUUUAAAAGCCCUACUAAGUGCAUGAUACACUUAAGAAUGUAUACUAGCUGAUACGUCCAUUGAGGCAUAAAUUAGAACUUUGAUGUGUAAACGGUCCAGUUUUUAAGAAUUGAGGUGAUAUUUUCAAGAAAAGGCAGAAUUUGAUACAAAAGUUUCCGUAAGAGGUAGAUGUGCUUUUAAAAUUCUGAGCUGCAAAAUAACAGUUUAGCUAAAGAUGGAGCAUGAUCUCUGUAUAUAGCACAUAUGAAUAAAAGAAAAUGAUAUAUUCUGGUUUUUAAAAAAUGACCUAUCAGAAAGUAGAAUUUAAUCCCCAAGAUUAUUUCAUUGUUCCCAAAUAUUGAAAAUGUUUUAAAAUUUGUUAAUGCUGUUUGAAACAAUUUCAGAAUGAUUUUCUUGUUAAAUGUGAUGCACUGAAAAAUUUUUGUUAGAGCAUUUCCAUACACUCAUGGUGAAACACUAGUCACUGCUUCCAUAAAUAUUGUUUACAGAGUGAGACUUGGUUUAGUCCUCUUAAGUGCUGUAGCAAACUGUGGUUCGAGCGACCUGUGGGAAACCUGUGAGAGGGAAUGGUGUGAGAGGAGGGUGGGGGUAGGGUGGUCAGACUGAUAAAAGAUCCUAGACCACUGUAAAGAAUGUGUAUCUGUAUAUAAAUAAUUUAUCAAAUAGUUUCCUCUUUGUGUCCAUAUGUGUUAGUGUUUUUAAAGCUGCUCAUUUCAUUUUAUCCAACCAAAAAGAAAAGGGAGAUAACUAAUGAGCUUCUAGUGAUGUUCAAUAUUGCUGUUAAUAGGCGUUAUACCCUGCAAGUUCACUGCAUGUCUGAUGCUUGGUAACAUUAGUAUUUCCUGUAUAAUACAGAUUAUUACAGGUAUUAAAGCAAUCUAGUGGUAUACCCGCCCCUUGGCCUUAGGAAGAGGAGCAGUGAAGGUGUAUAUAGUUGAUGUUCAGUAUUUCCAAGUACUACCAUUUUUAUAUAGUAAUUUCUUUGAUCAUAAGUCAUACAUCAAAAAAGAUCACUUUUAAUGUACCUGAGUGUUUUAAUAUUAGAAAAUUGGCAUAUGUCCUUUAUUUUUGAAAAGGGAAAAGAUGGGUGUGGGGUGGCAAUAGCAUUGUGCCAUUUUGUCAUAGAAUGUAAAAAAUUGGUUAACUUUACAAAUGUCUCUGCUAGUUUUGACUACUAAUUGGGGGAAAUUUUAGAUAAUUUUUAAAUUCAGAGUUAUUUAUAAAAUGCUAGAAUUUGUUUUAAUUUUUUGUACUUUAAGCCACUUCACAUGACGAAUCAGUUGCAAUUUUUAUUGAAUACAUUUUUGUCAACAGUUGAAGAGUAUAGUCAUUUUAUCAGAGUUUGGAUAAGAAUGUUGUUACCAUGUUUUCUGUGUGGUACAAUAUUCUCUUCAGUGCAGAAGACAUGUUUUUCAGUUAGACAAAUGGAAAAAAAACCUUUAAAUGCAUAAUUACAUGGAAAAUACUAGAACUUGUAGAUGCUUUACAUAGCAAUGUCAAUGCUAACCAAACCAUUUCAUCCCGAUAGGACUCUAACUCAGAAAUGGUCAGGUGGUCAGGAGCCAGCUAUACAGCAGUGUACCUGAAUGUUUAAUUAUUUAGUAGGUCAUCCUGUGAAGGUGGACUUCAGGGAGUGGUUCCGAUCAGGCUAAUUGGAUACUUUUAGUAAACAGGAACUCCGUUUCCAGCUCCAAACAUGAAUUAUUUCUUUGGAGGUGUUUUUUUUUUUUUUUUUUUCAUUAUUUUUGUUUCCAGGGAUUUCUUCGAAGUAAUUAAUAAGUGUAAGACAGCAGCAUUAUACUUAAGCUAUGGAAUUUUUAUUUUGUAUUUUAUUUAUAACUGUGCCAAGUAUUAUUUUGCUACUUAUUGUGUUACUCUGUGGAAAGAAAAACCUGUUAAGUGUUUAAUUAAUUAGCUCUCCUUACAUAAAUUAAAUGUCAAAAUUUUGUAAAAUAUUAAUCAGAAUAAAUAUUGACUCUUAAGUGUGUGCUUGUUUUAAUUUUGUUCAAUUCUUCAAGAAGUUGAUGAAACUGUGAUAGUGGGACCUAAGAUACAAAAAGAUUAUUUUGUAUAUUUAUAUGCUGGUCCACUAGGAGUCAAGUGGCAUAUGAGUCUUGGAAUUCACAAAAGUAAAAAGGUGGUGUUAAUAUUUUUAAAAUUUCCAAUUCUAAAAUCUCUAGUUCUGUAUGAAUUAGUACAUAAUUAAUGGAAUUUUUAAAAUAGUAAAUUUUUCUUUUAAGAAUUUUGGAUUCCAUGCAGUGAAUUAGGAUACCCAAGAAUUGUGUGAAUCUCCAAGUUUUAAAUGUAAGUGUAUCUAAACAUACUGUAGUAUACGUUUAAAUAGUUACUUGAGAAGUUAUUGUGGCUUUGUUUUAUGUGAGGGAAUUUAAAAGCAAAACUGAUGAAAAGGUUCUUUUUUGUUGUCCAGGUGGUUAUUUAUAUUUUGAGAACUUAGUGACUAAACAGGAAUGUUGUCAUACCUAAUACUCAAUUCAUAAUUAUCUUAUGAUGUUGAAAAACUGCCCCAAAGCUGUCUGAACAUCUAGAAACAUAUAAAAGUUACUAUAUAUUUUACUGUAGUAAAACAUACUUUACUAUAUACUAUAUUGCUAAAAAACUAUAAUGAAGCCCCCAGUUUGCAUCUAUUUAAGUACUUUCCUCCUCCUCUUCACUAUCUCCCUGUUUUCUUUAAGUACUUGCCAGGCUGGAAGACUGUACCUAAGAUGAUUUGGGUAUCUGCUUCUAGGAACUGAGAGGUGGUCGAAAACAAGUAGUUCAAUUGCGAUAACAAAGUAAAUCUUCGGUUUCAUAAAAUGGUUGUUACAAGUGUUUUCUGUGUGAUUUGUGGCUUUAAAAAAAAAAAAAAAAACUAAUUCCACGCGGGACAUCCAGAAUGUCUUGUUCUAAGUGAACUAAGUUCAAACUCCAGGACACCAGAUGUGGCUCUUAGAAAACACUGACUCUGAAUUGGAUUUGAAUGUUUCUGCUCAAAUUUUAUUAGAAUGUUUGUCAGACAUUUACCAGAACUAUGCAUUUUUUCACAGUUAGAAAUGUUUUUAGUACUCAGAUUAUCUCUCAUGUAAUUUUCCUCUUCCUUUUAGGAAAGAGACUCUAUUAUACAGAGAUUUGGCCACUUGAUAUUGUCAUAAUUAUAGCUCACUGAUGCUCAGCGUUCCCCUCCCCACCAGUGUUUACACUGGAUAGUUUGUCUUUUAGUUCAUCAGUGUUUUUUUUCCCCAGUGCCUAGCCUGACCUGUGUAUUUUCAUCUCACACUUUAUAAGUUUUCAUCUAGUGUUUGAUUUAGACCUUUUGUAAAAAAACACAUAUCUUCCUUACCUCUGCUUUGUGAAAGUAUGUGGUAGUAAGAAUUUUUAAUAUACUUACCUGCUAAUUUUCACAUCUGUGCCAGUUCUGGGUUGAUCUUGAUUUUUCAUUACGUGUCCUUGUCUAGCUGUUUUGCAUGCCUGGUAAUUUUUGGUUGGUUGUCGCUUUAUGAACUAGGUUUUAGAUAUUUUUGCAUUCCUAUAAAAAUUCUUGGUCUUUGUUCCGAGAUGCACUUGGAAAUUGUGAUCCCUUCAGGUCUUGCUUUUAAGAUUUGUUAGCAAAACCAGAGCAGUGCUCCAUUUAGGGCUAAUUAUCUCCAUUCCUGAGGUAAAACCCUUCUAUAUUGUUAUGCAGAGCCCCAGGUAUCAUGUUUCCCAGUCUCACUGGUAACCACAGGCACUAUAUGCUGUUCCAGAUGGUUCUUUAUCUGGCCUCAGGUAGUCACCUACCAUGCAUGUUUUGUCAGAACUCAUCUGAAUACUUGGAAGAUAUCAUUGGGUGAGGGUCUUUAGAGUUCUUUCUGUGCAGCUCUCUCCAUUCCUUUGAACUCUCAGCUGCCUUGGUCCCCCUCAUCUUUCAGCUCUCUCUUCAACUCUAGGAGGCUCAUAGCUCCACCUUGCAGAGUAGUCCAGACACUCAAAGCAGUAAGCUUUAGUUAUUAAAACUGGUCAUUUUUCUUCCCUGUAAAUGUCUUUUGUGGCCUAAUAUCCUGCUGUCACUAAAUUUUUCAUGUAAUCUUUGUUUCCAUUGAAUCGGUAAAUCUGUUAUUUCGUCUUGGCUGUAAACGCAAGUUUGAACUAAAUUUUUAACAAUUUUUUUUUGAUUUAUAAUAUUGAAAAUAUUGAGCUACAACUGUCUAAAGCUCUUUGGAGUCCCAGUUUAAAAAUGUAAAGGGAUUCGGAGAUCACUUUUGAAAACCACGGGUCCAAACAAUGUAUGCCAAGAUAAUAAGUGAUUCCCAGAACAGCUUGUUCAAUGUAAGGCUCUCAAGUUGAGUUUUCAGCCACUGAAACUCAAGGCCUUUGGUAUGAUGGGCAAUGUACAGUAAUCUACUUAUCUGCAACAUUCCCUGACCUUGAUCAGGAAGACUUUGCUACCAGAGUUGCUAGCAGUCAUCCAUAAAUAUAGCAAACCAACAAAUGGGGCUUAAAGUGUAUCAGAUGGAUAGUUCAUAAAGUAUUUGACCAUUAAAUACUUUAAUAUGGAAUUUGUGUUCUUUUGGGACUCCCCUACUAAUAUCUAAAUAAUCAAGGUUAUUACCUCUCAGAAGAGAUCCUGGCCCAAAACCAAAUUCUCUUUUCUAGUCCUAGAACUACUGGCAGCUAAGUUUUGUAGUAGCUGUUCUGUCAUGGCUCCCAACUUAAGAAUUUUAAUUAUGAAUGGCUGUCUUAUUUUACCAAGUCUCAAAUUACCAGGCACAUGGCAACUUAGAGUAUUUUUUCCUGUAGAAUUUCUACUAGCAACGCCCAUACAGUUUGGGGAAAUGGUUGGGUUCAGUAUUGUUUGCUGCCUUAACCAUCGCAAAACUGAGUGGCUGAGAGCAUUUUUGUUCAGCAGGGAUCGCUUACUUGGUUGCACUUGGUAUCAGCGGAGGUAAUUCCAAAACUGGGACUGCAGUUACUCAAAGUGUGAUGGCUAUUUCUGUUGAGCAGGACGAGACCUCCCCUAAGGCUCUGUCUUGAGGAAACUGAGAAAAACUUAUGCAUGACAAGCCAAACAGACCUAAAUUCAGCGCAGCAGUGCAGGUUACACCAGGCAUGAAACAAACCCUGGCACUAGAAUCCACCGCAGAUAAGGAAAUGCGAGAAGCGAGAAGGCAAACACGGGCUUCUCCAACACCUCCACUUUCCAUGAGUGUUUGGAAACCUCAGCUGGAGAGCUUCCUCUUGGGUAGACACUUUUAUUGCAUUUAAUUCAUUCUAGCACUAAAUUCUUAUCAUUUAACAAACACAAGCUAUAACACACUUGCUAGGGGGAAAGAAAGGGUGUUGCCCUGUAAGAGCAGGUUUUGUAUUUGUCUUCUGCAAUUGUGUAUAAUUACUGCCUACGUUGUGUCUGUGACUGGUACAGAUGCCAGCAUGGAGACUGCUGUGACCACAAUAGCCAGCCACCCAGAUGGCUGUGACUUAGGUCUCUGUGCCGCACUAAGACCAAGGUCCAUUUGCUGGGCCAGCAGGGUCUUCCCUCUUCCAUAGGCCUAUCAGAAACACUACCACGUUCCUGCACAUGCAUUCUUUGUAGCCUGCCUGAUGUGGAUGAGCUGGAGUUUGAAUCCUGGGUCAUCCUGCUGGCACUGGGCCCACAUUUUCUCAUCUUCCCCUCAACAUAUUCGUCUACCUGGACACAGUUUAAAAUGCCUACUUCUCAUGGCCAGCAUCCUCAAGUGCCUUAGCCAAAACAAACUUGUGCUGCUAAGAAAGCAUGUUAUGACUGCCUUGCCCUGAUUUAUAGACAGA